GUCUAGCAUUUAUUUACUGCUGUUUGCUUGCGGUUAGCAUUUAUUUGCUGCUGUUUGCUUGUGGUUAGCAUUUAAGGGGUGAAGGGGAAGGCGCCUACCACGAAUUAUAUGCAAGCGAAAAAAACAGUGUACCAUCACACAUACCCUGUCGCGCAGGUUCGCCCCCAGAUCUUUUCCCUCCUCGAAGAGUGAGAAUUAUUGGGUACAAACUUAUCAAUGUUUAUACGAAACCAAGAUGGCUGCCGUGGGCUUCCGUGAGAAGAGGAAGUUGGCACAAAAAGCCGACAUUUUUGUUAAAUUUGAGGCAAAGGAGCGAUAUAAUAGCAUUAGACAGAUUUUGAAAAAGGAUCCUUCAUUAAGAAAUGACGAAGAGCUGCAAAUGAUGGCUAAUUCGCAAGAAAUAGUCCAAGAAAUAGAGAAGCGAUCUUUGCGACAAGAACUAGCUAAGCGCCGAGUUGAAGAGGUGCUUGAUCCGCCUGAUGUGUUGGAUGAAAAGACAACUGAACUGGCUCAAGCAAUAGUGAAGGCCAAAUGCCUGGUUGUUUACACUGGUGCUGGAGUUAGCACGGCGGCCUCGAUUCCUGACUAUAGAGGCCCUGAUGGAGUGUGGACUCGCCUGUCUCGAGGAGAAAAACUAGGGUAAAACACUU